AUGGAGUAUAGGUCUUAUUGGGCAAUAAAGAAGUUGAAUAAAGAUUUCCAAAAGGCCGGGGAGGAAAGGCGUCUCUUUCUCAAUGAGAUGGAUGAAUUUCAAAUGGAAGCCUAUGAUUGCUCAUCUACUUACAAAGAAAGGAUGAAGGCGUACCAUGAUAGGAUGAUUAGUCCACAAGAGCUCACCUUGGGGGAUGUAGUUUUGUUGCACAAUUCGAGACUCUCUCUUUUCCCAGAAAAGUUGAAGUCCAAAUGGACCGGUCCGUACAUGAUCAAGAAAAUCUAUGAUAGUGAGACGGUCGAGUUGCUAGCUCCGGAUGGGAUGUUGUUCAAGCCAAUGGCCACCGUGUGA